UGUGCUGUCACAUCUGUCACCACUAAAGAGGCAGAAACACAUUCUAAGAGAAUACAUGGAUUAUAAUAAAGAGAUCACCAUUAAUCUCCUUCUCCUGGGAAAGACACAAUGUGGUAAGAGUUCCCUUGGAAACAGUCUGCUGGGAAGUUUUGAGUUUGAAAGCAAGUUUUUCCCACAGUCUGUAACUAAAGACUGCCAACUGUGCAGGAUGCGAAUACCCAAUUUUGCUCGGCGGAUGGGAAGAGAGCUGGGCCUAAAACUGCAGGUGCUGGACACACCUGGGAUUCCUCACAGCAGCCUGAGCCAGGAUGAGGUGAAAAAGAGAGUGAGAAAAGCCCUCUCUCAGCACUUUCCUGAGGGGUUACAUAUGGCCCUACUUGUCCUAAGGGCUGACAUCCCGUACUGCGAAGAAGAUAACCAGCACACUGUCAAAUUAGCAGAGGAUCUUCUCGGUGCUGACUGGAAGUAUUUCACCUCCGUCAUAUUUACUCAUGGAGAUGUGAUGAAAGAAGGCAGAUUUACAGAAGAGGAAUUUCUUCGAAUGGCUCCUAAAUGUCUGUCAGGUCUCCUGGAAAAGGUGCAUGGCCGAUAUAUUUUUAGAGACCCUACAGAUAAAACACUGCAUGAGGAAAGAACGAUAUUAUCCAAUCAUAUUUUGCACUUUGUAAGACAGAACAGUUACCAGACAUUACAGUUUAACUAGCACUUACCUCCUGAGACUUGCUGAUCUGUUACUAGGAGCAGCAUGGACGGAAAUCACAACAUGGAAUGAAAUCGCAUAUUAAACAGUGGCAUUUUUAAUGACUUUUACUAUAGGGUUUUCUUGCAAUUUAUAAAACUGUAUACACUAGGUGAGUUUACUGUGUUGUCAUUAUUUAUGCUGUAUAGGUUAAAUAAGCAGAAAGACUAGCUUGGCAAACUCUGGUAUCCUUUACUGUGUUUUUUUAUUUACAGAGGAUUAGAUGAUUUAGGAUACUGAUACCUUAUUUACUAGCGAAUGUAGUGCUUGUAUCAAUAAAUGCUUUACAGUACUGUACAUAUACUGUAUGUCAUGGACCUGGUGUGAUAAUUUCAGCAUUUUAUUUUGAAACCAAAUAAAAAUGUGU